CAAUACAAGCUGCGAAGUUGCUUCCGAAACAAUAAACCUGAAGUACCUGUUCGAAGUGGCAUUUAAAAGAUGUGUUCUAUUGUUCCACGGUAUUAGAACGCAUCAUUGAAACACUAGAGUCAAUCUUCUUCAUUGAAGCUGCAUCUUGUGAGCGGUUCCUGAUGUGAUAGCAAUGUCCACGACCCAACUUCGGAUACUUUGCUAGCAUAAGAAGCUCCAAACCUAUCGAGUACUAUUUCGUGCGCAGCAAGAUCAGACACCAUGAGCAAUAGCAACUGCAUUUGUCGCCUUUGCAUGGCUAAAGGAAUGGAGCCCGAAUCCGAUUUUAAACUUUUAAACCAAAACGAAGAUUUGCUGCAAAUGAUUCGCUCGUUUACCACGGUUGAGGUAAUUUUAAAUGCCAACUGCCAGUACUUCAUCUGCUCGGAUUGCCACAACGCGUUGCGGGGCUUUCAAGCAUUUAGAGAACGCUGUGUUAUGAAUGACGAAAUUUUUCGGCAAAAAUAUCGCGGCCAUUCUGUGCAACCCUCAAAUACACCUUGCAACUCUUAUGAGUUGAAAGCGAUGAGUAGUUCGUUGGAAAGCGAUGAGUUCGAUAGCGCUCAUCAGGUGGAAGAGAUAAUCAUUGAACCUGCCGAGGACACAUAUCAGGAGGAGUCCGAAGAUGACGAAUAUUCCCCAACGGUCAACCGGCAACAGGCUCCGGCGAAACGGAACAGAAACAAAGCUGUGGCAACGGUUAGCAAAAGCAAGCUUCCGUGUAUUCAAUGUGGCAAAAUGAUCGCGCGAAACAAUAUGAAACAACAUCUGUUAACGCACGAUCCUGACCGGCCCAAAGUGUUCUGUUCGUACUGCGGGAAAUCGUUCAAAGAUUCGGCUCGAAUGCAGUUACACAUAAACAGCAACCACACACUGGAGAAGAAAUAUCCCUGUGAAAUUUGCGGAAAGACGUACCUUCGGCCAAAUUCACUACGAGAUCACGUAAAAACAAAACACACCAACGACAAACAAUACGAGUGCAGCGAAUGUGGCCUAAUGUUCAACAACUGGGCCAAACGGUGGCACCAUUUCAAGAAAGAGCACACAACUGCCAAACCGUUUGCCUGCACCUACUGCGAUUGGGCGUUUAAAUUCAAGGGGGAUUUAACGUUGCACAUCCGCAAGCACACAGGAGAGAAGCCCUUCAAAUGUGACAUCUGUGGAAAGGCCUUCAACAAGAGCUAUAACGUCGUGAUACAUAAGAAAUCGCAUCGGAACUCCCGUUUGCAUAUAACUCCCGCUUAAUUGUAUAUCCUUAAGUUAAGAAAUACAAUCCACACCGUGUGGAACAGAU